GCCUGCCCCUGCCGCCGCCGCCGCCGUCGCUGUCGUAGCAGCCGCCGCCGCCGCCGCGAGGGGAGGAAGGAGCGCGAGCGGGGGCGCCCGGGAGUGGAGCCCACCAUCCUGCCGGCCGGUCCGCCCGCCUCUCCUUCCCUCUGCGCGGCCCAGCCCCCUCCCCCACAGGUGCCAUCCGCCGCCAUCCGCCCUCCCUACCCCCCCAGCCCCAGGUGAGGGGGGCGAGCGCAGGACGCGGGGACCCGACGAGCCCGGCGGGGUCUCCAUUUGCAGCGCACCAUGGCAGGAGCUGGAGGAGGGAAUGAUAUCCAGUGGUGUUUCUCUCAGGUGAAAGGAGCAGUAGAUGAUGAUGUAGCAGAAGCAGAUAUAAUUUCUACAGUAGAAUUUAAUCAUUCUGGAGAAUUACUAGCAACAGGAGAUAAAGGUGGUAGAGUCGUCAUCUUUCAACAAGAGCAGGAGAACAAAAUCCAGUCUCAUAGCAGAGGAGAAUAUAAUGUUUACAGUACCUUCCAGAGCCAUGAACCAGAGUUUGACUACUUGAAAAGUUUAGAAAUAGAAGAGAAGAUCAACAAAAUUAGGUGGUUGCCCCAGAAAAAUGCUGCUCAGUUUUUAUUGUCUACCAAUGAUAAAACAAUAAAAUUAUGGAAAAUCAGUGAAAGGGACAAAAGACCAGAAGGGUAUAACUUGAAAGAAGAAGAUGGAAGGUAUAGAGACCCCACUACAGUUACUACACUACGAGUGCCAGUCUUCAGGCCCAUGGAUCUAAUGGUUGAGGCCAGUCCACGAAGAAUAUUUGCCAAUGCUCAUACAUACCACAUCAAUUCAAUUUCUAUUAAUAGUGAUUAUGAAACUUAUUUAUCUGCAGAUGAUUUGCGAAUAAAUCUUUGGCAUCUGGAAAUUACAGACAGAAGUUUUAAUAUUGUAGAUAUCAAGCCUGCCAAUAUGGAAGAGCUCACAGAGGUGAUUACGGCAGCAGAAUUCCAUCCAAACAGCUGUAACACGUUCGUAUACAGCAGCAGUAAAGGAACUAUUCGGUUAUGUGACAUGAGGGCAUCCGCCCUCUGUGACAGGCACUCUAAAUUGUUUGAAGAACCAGAAGAUCCCAGUAACAGGUCAUUUUUUUCUGAAAUCAUCUCCUCUAUUUCUGAUGUAAAAUUUAGCCAUAGUGGUCGCUAUAUGAUGACUAGAGACUAUUUGUCGGUCAAAAUUUGGGACUUAAAUAUGGAAAACCGGCCUGUGGAGACAUACCAGGUACAUGAAUACCUCAGAAGUAAGCUUUGCUCGCUGUAUGAGAAUGACUGCAUAUUUGACAAGUUUGAAUGUUGUUGGAAUGGCUCAGACAGUGUCGUCAUGACUGGGUCCUACAAUAAUUUCUUCAGAAUGUUCGACAGGAACACAAAGCGAGAUAUAACCCUAGAAGCGUCACGAGAGAACAAUAAGCCUCGCACAGUUUUGAAGCCACGCAAAGUCUGUGCAAGCGGCAAGCGAAAGAAAGAUGAAAUAAGUGUUGACAGCCUAGACUUCAACAAGAAAAUCCUUCAUACAGCCUGGCACCCCAAGGAAAAUAUCAUUGCUGUAGCUACUACAAACAAUCUGUAUAUAUUUCAAGACAAAGUGAAUUAGGGUUGGCAUUCCUAGCAGAAGAGCCCGCAUCCUGCUUAGUUGAGAUAGCUGAGUCUAGCAUUCGUACCUGUAAGAGAAGGGUCCAUUGUGGCACCCUUCCCAGUGUUUGACAGUGUGCCAUUCGACAACACUCAUAGCUGCAUGGAGAGAGUGCCACUCACCACCGGGGCUUCUCCAUGUCUGCUAGCCAUUUAGGUAAGGGUAGGGCACUUUUAAUUUAAAUGACUUCUUGCACCAUCUUGCCUAAUGGACUAGACUAUUGGACUGUAUCAACAUUGAUUUACUCCACUUUUUAUGCCUUCCAUUGUGAUGACGUCAAACACAGUGAAAGCCUUCAGUCAUGCUAUGGGAUUUAAUUGUGUAUCCUCAUUACUGUAUCAUUUGUGGGGUACACCCCUUCCCCUUUUUUAAAUUAAAACAGCUCAUUCUUACUGUGGCUUGUAGCAUUCCUCCUCUCUGGCCUCCUGGACUCUCCCCCUUCAUCUCCUACCUAGCCCCUUCCACCUGGUCUCGGUGGUGGUAUAUUAAAAAACAAGAAAAAGAAUGAAAGCACACAAAAGGAGUCAGCUUGGGGUCUGUGGUAAAGGGGGUACAUGUUGCGAACAAAUGUUUUAAUAACAGUUGGCUGUAAUCACUCCUUGCCAUGUCUGGCGCUGAAAAUAAGGAAAAAAAAACUACUACUGAAUAAAAGUGACAAAGAACGGAGUAUCUGGUUUUCUUUUUCUUUUGAAUCUACCUCCUUAAGCCAAAAUCUUGUGUCAUACCCUUGGGUGAAGUGAAUUGCAAUGAGUUUCUGUUGUUUUAUUGGUGUUUCUGUUCAUUAUUUUUAACAAGUGUUCUUUUCAUGGAGGAGUAGUCCUGGUUCUAUGUGAACAUGUUUCAAAUAUAUAUUAGUAUUAAAGAUUUCACUAUCUCUAAAUGCUACUAGAGGUUUUUAAAUGUAGAUAUUAGUGUAUUAGAUACAUUGUAUCUAUACUUCACUAUCUGUUAAUGAAAUUGUUGUAAAUGAGAACCACAUUUUUAAAGACUUUAUAGUGCUUAAUUUCAUUUUUGUCUUCCCUGAAUACUAUUAAGUCAAAGGACUUUAAGAUGUUUUAACAAAACUUUUUUGUUACUCAGUCAUAUCCUAGAGUGGAAAACCUAACAUGAAGAGAUAUCAUGGAUAGAAUUGACACUACAUUUCUUUAUGGUAUUUUUCUGCUGUCCAGUCAGAAUGAAAUGUACUUUGCCAUAGGUAUUUUUUCCCAAAGCUAUAUUAAAAAGAAACUUUAAAAGGUACAGUGUUCAAAAGUGCUUAAUGGACUCCCCACUGCUGUAUCAGA